AUGGCGAACAUCCACACCCCAAUCCCGGCCCUCAAGCUCAACGACGGCACCUCGAUGCCGAUGCUGGCCUAUGGCACAGGAACCGCAUGGUACAAGACGGGCGAGGAGUCCAAGAUCGACCAGGCCGUCAUCGACAGCGUAAAGACGGCCAUAAAGCUCGGGUACACGCACCUUGAUGGCGCCGAGAUGUACAAAACCGAGCCCGAACUCGGCAUCGCCAUCCAGGAAUCCGGCGUAGCACGAGACAAGCUCUUCGUCACCACAAAAGUGCCCGACACAUCUCGCUCCGACAUCGCGGGCUCUUUGCGCGCAUCCCUCAAGAAACUCGGCCUCGAUUACGUUGACUUGUACCUCAUCCACUCACCCUUCGCGGCGAAGACCGACGAGGAUAUCCAGGGCGCCUGGGCGCAGAUGGAGGCGGUGCAGAAGGAGGGCCUCGCGCGGUCGAUCGGCGUGUCGAAUUUCCGGCCCGUGGACCUGAAGGCGUUGGUGAAGACCGCGAAGGUGGUGCCGGCGGUGAAUCAGAUAGAGUUCCAUCCGUACUUGCAGCAUAAGGGGCUGUUGGGCGUGCAUAAGGAGCUUGGGAUCGCGACGGUGGCGUAUGGGCCGUUGACGGCGGUGACGAAGGCGAAGCCCGGGCCCGCGGACGACUUUUUGGCCAGUCUGGCGAAGAAAUAUGCGGUCAGUGAGGGGGAGAUCAGCUUAAGGUAUUGCAUUGACCAGGACGUCGUGGCGAUCACGACGAGCUCGAAGGAGCAGCGGUUGAGCGAUUACCUGCGGGCCGCGACGUUCAAGUUGACGCCUGUAGAAAUCAAGACACUGAACGAGCUCGGCGAGCAGAAACACUUCAGAGGCUUCUGGUCCGCGAAGUUCGAUGAGAACGAUAGGACUUGA